ACAAUCAACUCAUCUUUCAAACUUGACCAAACUACAAAUGGAAUGAGAACUCGGUCGUCUAAUAAGGUUGUUCAUCCCGGCGCUCAGCAGCUUACGUGUGGCUCACAGAUGGCUUCUGUCUCAUUCUGUGUAAUCCAAUCAUCCUGCACUACUGUGUCUCACACUUAGUCUUCAGGAGUAAUUGGGAAGCUCGCAGCGACAAUUGUCUCUCCUUCCAGAUGUUGUCAAUAGAAAGAGAGUGUCUGUCACCACCGCUCUGACUAGGAUGUGUCCAUGGCUCUCCAGACCAGAGUUGCUGCAAGCAAGGUUGUUUUGCAGAAUCUCCUUAUAUGUGUCAUUCUCUUCUACACUGUGUACUACGCGGUUCUGGGCAUGUGCUGCAUGAUGCUCAAGGUGUAUGAGUUGGAUGUCCUGGCACCAUUUGAUUUCAAAACGAACCCCUCAUGGCUCAACACAAAUUAUAAAGUCCUUUUAAUCUCAACACAGGUUACUUACUUGGUGUGUGGAUUGCUUUUCGUUCUGGUUGUAGAAGAAUGGGUCUGGGAUUAUGCUAUUUCAGUAACCAUUCUUCAUGUUGCCAUCACUUCAACCGUUAUGUUGGAAUUCCCCUUGACAUCACAUUGGUGGGCUGCUUUAGGAUCCGGCUUAAUUUCAAUGAUAUGUGGAGGCCAGGCUUUCGCAUACUGUUUGUUCAAAGACAACUUUAUCUAUCCAGAUCUGGAUGAGUUUUAACAGAACAGCUGAAUUAAUUCGCCUCAGACUUUCUGUAUUAUUACAUACAUUGUGUCAGAGCUAAAUUGUAGUUUUUUGGUUCACACCUUAUAUUCAAGGUUGAAUGUAUUCUAGAUACUUUAUAACUAUGAAAAGAAAAGGAGAAGUUAAUGGAGAGCAGAAGAAUCCUAGUAAGAUAUUCAUGAGCAGAAUGUUGCAAAUUCAUAAAAUGCAGUAUUUACCAAAGAGUGUUCCAUAGGACACUAGUUUCAAAAUAUGUUAAUAGUGCCAUGCAAGGAAAAAACAGUUGCAUGUUUAAGUAUAUUUGUAGAAUAUUGGGUUUAUGUAAAAUAUGUUUAUUUUAGGACUUCUCAGAAUCUUUAACAUACUAUUGAGAACAAGACGUGUCUAAGUAGUAGUAUGCAUUAUGCACUGUUUCUCAGACAUAUUUGAGUAGGGACACACUUUAUUUCUGAGACACAGAGAGAGAGACAGAGCACAAGUGGGGGAGGGGGAGAGAAAGAGGGAGACACAGAAUCUGAAGCAGGCUCCAGGCUCUGAGCUGUCAGCACAGAGCCCGAUGGGGGGCUUGAACCCAUGAACCGUGAGAUCGUGACCUGAGCCAAAGUCGGAGGCUUAACUGACUGAGUCACCCAGGCACCCUGGGGACACACUAGAAAACGCUGAUGUAUCGUGUGGGUGUGGAAAUUAUAAUAUAGAAGAGAGUGGAGUUAAAACUACUACAAAUCCCUAUAAGCUGAAUUAAAUUCUAUUACUGUCCCACAGUAUUUGUUUUUGUGAUAGAGCAUUUCUUGUAAAAUUAUUGCCUUUUAAAAAAUAUCAGUGUCUAUUUCUUUCCUUAGACUAUGUUCUUUUAAUAUAGUGCUCCUCAAAAUUUUGUAUGCAUUUGAAUCACCUGGAAAUCUUAUCACAAUGCAGAUUUGGGUUUGGAAGGGCUGCGAUGGAGCCUAAAAUUCUGUAUUUCUAACAAUUCCGAGAAAAUGACUGUGCUGUUGGUUCAUGGGCCACAGUUUGAGUAGCAAGGUACAAGUGGUUGGGAGCAGAUAUUUUUAGAGGUUAUAUAGCUCUGUGCUGCCAGUCCUAUGUUGUUUUUUUUUUUAUAUCAUUGUUAUGCAAUGUUUGUUGAAUUGGAUUAAUACUGAGACUAGUUAAAUUUAUAUAAUUGUCUUAAAUAUUUACCACUGGUAAAUGUAGAUUAAAGUCUCUUUUGAUAUAAAAUAAGUGCAUACCAUGGUUACAGCUAAAAUAUAAAUAUAAGGAAAAGGAUAGGAAAGUAACAUAUACCACUUCCCCUCCAUCCACGUAUUCCCACACACAAACAUUUUGGGCAACAAUUAGAAACUAAGUUAAACCAGCUCUAGAAUUGUUUCCUAGAUGACUCUUUUUUACUCUAAAAAUCAAAUUCUUCCAUAAAGGUUUGCAUUUAACCACUAAGAAAUGUAAUGCUAAUUAUAUGUAUUCAUACAUACACAAAAACUACACUGUGUUGAUCAGUUACUGGUUAGAUAAUUCAAGUUUCUCAUGCACAUAACAAGCACAAAAGUAUUCCUACUUUAUUCCUUGCUUCUUUCUCACAUUUACUUAUUUCCACGAACUUUUGCCUUCCAUCCAUUAUUCUCAAUCUUUCCAUUAAUUUCCUCCAAAAUAUUUAGUCAUGGAAUUAGCAAAAUAUGUAAUUCAUUGAAAUCAGUCAAAGGAUUGUGAAUUCCAAUUAUUAAUAAAGAUUUUUCUUUCAUCUCUAAAGGAAGGCAGCAUAAGGUAGCUAUGAACGGGUCAGCAUUAUGAUCUUUGAUUCUCCAAAUAAAACCCUACUGAAGCACCCAGGAAAGAGUGUUUGGUUAUAUAUAUAACAAAACUCAAUCCUGCUCUACAAAAAAUACAAAUAUCAAACAAACCGUGAAUGAGAAAGUCUGCCCCUAUAGAAACUCACACAUGGAAGAAAUUUACAGAAACAUUAAAGCUGCCUAAAUAAAUUUGAUAAUUAAAAAAAGAUUUGGUUGAUUAAGUACUUUUUAAUAUAUUGAGAAUUAAGUUACACUAGUAAAUUAGAAUAACAAUCUCUCCAGACUCAGAAGACCAUAAUAUCUUAUCAUUCUGUAGUGUAGCUUAAUUAGCAUGUUUAUUUCUAGGAUUAGGAAUCCAUCUGCUCAGGUAAUUACUAUUGUGUGAAUCCUCUUUAUUUUUUCUCCUGAUCACAAGAAUAAUCUGUGAUUUUCUUCUCUUACUCAUUAAAAUGAUUAUCAUUAUCUAUUUGAUGACACCACUUGACACACAAAAAUUAAAAAUACAAUUACAGUACAUAUUUUAGCUUAAAAUAUUAUAUAUCAGAUAUAUCAACUAAAUAGUUACUUUAACUUUUAUUGCUUUGAAUUGCAUAUAAACUGAAAGACCAAGAAUUGUGCCCACUUAAUGUACUUUUCCAGUGUCCCUUACAGAAUCAUAAGAAGAUGGAACCCUAUCCAGUAUUUGGAUGCAUAUUUUUCAGGACUGAAAUUAUGUACCCAUUUAAAAAAAAAAAACACUAAUAUUUUUACAUCAUGACCUUUCCAUAAAUGGCCUUUAUUUAUUUUUUUCAGGUUUUGUUUUGGUUUUGUUUUUUUUGAGAGCAAAAGCGAGAGCAUGGGUGGGGCAGAGGGAGAAGGAGAGAGACAAUCUUAAGCAGUCUCCACACCCAGCAUAGAGCCCUACAUGGGGCUCAAUCUCACAAACUGUGAGAUCAUGCCCUGAGGCGAAAUCAAGUGUCCAACUGAGCCACCCAGAAGGCCCUCCAUAAAUGUCCUCUUAAGUUAUUAUACCAUUGUGACAUAAUGCAAAUCAAUUUGCAUAUUCCUUUAAUAAUGUUUUACUUAAAAUAAUUUUUUCCCAAAUGAAUGAAUAAUAUCUUUACUUUUACUGACAAUGAUCUCAAAAAAAAAAUAUA